CGUAAGCAGUGCCACGUCAGCAGUGCCACGUCAGACACAGUGCCACGUCAGCAGUGCCACGUCAGCAACAUGACGGGCCUGCCAGGCCAACUGGCCAAUGAGCCCAUUGCCGACUACAAAAAGUGCUUCCAGGCUCAGCUCGCUGUAAUCGAGGCUGAGGAACAAUGCCAGCUGGCAGCCAAGGCUGCCCAGCUACAGGCUGAUGAAGCGGCAGCAGCAGAGAAGCUCCGGCUACAGGCCGAAGCAGACGCAGAGGCCCAGGCUUGCCGCAAGGAAGCCCAGGAUCUGCUGCAGCGGCAUGAGGCAGCCAGCGUUGACAGACUCAAAUUCUGGCACUUUGAACCCAACGGCGACGACGCGACACCGGAAAAGCAGCAUAAGGAGUUUCUCUCCAAACUCGUGACACGGCUGUUGUACACUUGCAACUACCAACAGUCCGAGUUGGAGAAACAGUACCAGGACCUGACGCAACAGCAUCAGGAGUUGGCGAAGCUCCGCCGGACGGUGCAGAGCCACGAGGAUGCAACUCGGGCACUCAAUGCCCGAAUGCUGGACCUGGAACAGGCUGUACCAGGACCAGCUGCUGGGGCUUCCAGCAGUGCAUCUUCUAGCCGCCAACUGGAGGAACGCGUUGACCACAUAGUGGCAAUGCUCGGCGACAUCAGCACCUUCGCUGCGCCGACCACCAUCAGCAAUCAGCUGCAUACCUUGACGACCGAGUUCCAGCAGCUGCAGUCGACGAACGCAGAUGGCAAUCCGAAGUUGUACAAAAUGCCAACUUUCCAACCGGACAGGUGCGACGACUACACGCAGCAAGAUCCAGUCCUCUGGUGGGAAGCAUUCACAACGCAACUCAGGAUUCUGUCGGUCGCCAAGCACGAGUACAUCGGCGCCCUGUUCAUGAACUCAAAGGGCGGAUGCCAGACCUGGUUGACCCACCUGGCAACCUCCCACGGCGUCAACGUACCAGACUUGAAGGACAAAAUCACAUGGGAGGAACUGACACGGCUGUGGAAGAAGCGGUUCAUCGUCGACGACGCGCCAGCACUCGCCAUCAACCGUCUGUUCACCAUGUCACAGGGCAACACCGCAACACGGGAUUGGCUCACGGAGUGGCAGAAGAUUGCGGCAGUGCCCAAUCUAGACUUGCCAUUCAUGCAUUUACACCGUGAGUUCUACAACAGGUCCUGUGCUGCAUUGAGCCAGGCUCUUGGUAAUCGCGAGCAGUACUCAACCUUCGUUGAGAUCAUUGACAAGGCGAGGGAAAUCAUCAAGACCAACAGGUCAGCUGCACACGAGAAGUCAACAUGGCAGCCGACCUAUGUGGAGAAGGUACGAACUGGUCCGCGACAGCAGCACUUCGCUGCAGUCCAGUCAGACAGUGGAGAUAACCUAGCAGCCACUCCAGCAUCAAGUGACGGAGAUCAGGUGGCUGCUGUCCAGCCGCGAAGCAACAACAAGUCCGACAAUAAUGGGAAGGCGAAAUCCGCAUCGCAGGCCGAAAAUGGACAGCCAGUACAAGUUCCAUGGGUCAAGUUCGGCUUGACCGAGGUGGAGUACAAGGUCCACGGCCGCUACGGCAGCUGCUAUUGGUGCAACAGCACCAAGCACAAGACCUCCCUGUGCCAAGAUCAGGGCAAGGAGGAUGACUAUGAUGUCCACUUGGUUCCACCGCUGGACCAACCACUCCACGUGCAACAGUCCACCGCAUGCACGGUUUCAUCACCAUCGGCAACCGAUUCGGCAGCUUCGCCACCAUCUAUCGCCGGGGAUUCAUCGUCGUGGUCAAGACUUGAGGUGCUCGACCCACUGACGUUCACGAACUUCCAGUGGAUGCCCGUUACCCCAACCGAGCGAUUGCCGAAACCGCAUUGCAAUGUGCUCAUGGCACAACUGCGGGAUUACUUGCACACUGCAGGACCAGCUCCGUUGAUGGACGCCGGAGUAGAGGUCGUCGACAUUCACGCUUACAUUGCGAAGAUCGACCGCGAGUUCAAGACGCAACGGUACGACGACAUCGACGCACCAUUGCUAUAUGUACGCAUUCAGAUAGGAGAGGCGACCUGCAAUGCCUUGAUCGAUUGCGGAGCAUCUCGCAACUACAUCAGCCAAGACUUCAUGGUGCGCGCCGGCCUUGGCCCACGCAUCCGGAGGAAGUCCCAGCCUACGCAAGUCACGUUGGCGGACGAUCACACGCACAAGUCAAUCGACCGGUGCAUUGACAACGUCCCAGUGUGCUUUGCCCCUCACGCAAGUGAGGCGGUGUCCUUUGACAUUCUGAACACCAAAUUUGACAUGAUCUUUGGCAUGUCAUGGCUGCGAAGCAAGGAUCACCUGGUGAACUUCUUCCACCGCACCGUUCACAUUCGUGAUCGGAACGGAGUACUAGUUUCAUGCACGGUGCCUCUUCCUCAUCCUUCGAUCAGCUGCCACGUGGUAUCCGCCGCAAGCAUGCGAGCUUCCAUCAUCAGAGACGACAUCGAGGAGAUGGGGGUGUGUUYUCUCCACGCCCUCCCGCCCCRWGAYGCUUCAUCGACGGACUCACCUUCGGAUCCACGCAUCACCGARCUUCUUGACGCCUACAGCGACGUGUUCGAAGGCCCGCACGGAGUAGUACCGGAUCGACCCAUCCGCCACGAGAUCAUCCUCGAGGACGGGGCCGUACCUCCGCGCGGUUGCAUCUACCGAAUGAGCGAGGAAGAGUUAAGUGKGCUUCGGGCACAACUCGACGACCUUCUGGAGAAAGGCUGGAUUCGGCCUAGCUCAUUGCCAUACGGUGCUCCUGUUCUCUUCGUCCGGAAGAAGAACAAGGAUUUGCGGUUGUGCAUCGAUUAUCGCAAGCUCAACGCGCAGACGAUAAAAAACGCCGGCCCUCUCCCACGCAUCGACGAUCUUCUCGCCAAGUGCGAAUUUGCAUGAUCCAUUUGUUGGAUCGAUACGUACUUAUCUACCUCGACGACAUCCUAGUGUAUAGUCGGAGUUUGGAGGAG